AUGUUGACUCUGGGCGAGGCUGGAUGGUGGAGAGGGUGCCUAGGCGAGGGAGGUAAACCCAACCUGCCGCCUUUUAUGAUCCCCCCAAACCCUGGGAAGUUAUGGGCCACAACCCAGCGGCCACAGUCAUUGUAUCUCGAAAGUCUAUUAUCCUGUCUGACCUUGCGGAGUUAUGUGGUCAAAGCAGAGUGGCCUGGUUUCUUUUACUCGCCUAUUUUGGUCAAGUUCACGUUUUCUAUGGAUCAAUUCUGUUCAAACCUUGACAUAAACAAUCAACUUGAUUUCGCUUAA